AUGGAGGACACGGCCAUCCUUGAAGCUCCCGCUUGGAGCUACUUGCCUGGCCCCUUCUUCCGCUGUAGAUGGGAGAAGUACUGGAGCAAGAGGCAGAACCGCGAGAGGGCGUGGGCCGUCUGCAAGCGUGAUGAUGAAGUCAGGGCCGACAGUGGACAGAACUUGCUGCAGACUCGGCCCUUUGCGGUAUGGUCAGCACAUGCACGCCUGCAGCGACUGCAGAUGGAAUGGGACAGGCUGUCCCCAGACCAGCCGGUGCUGAUGUUGCGCCUGGAGGGCACGGCGGCACGGCUCUACGCUCAGCAGGGAAACUGGUCUGCAGCUGCGCUGCACACGGAGAAAUGCUGCAACCUCGCUGAGCGAGCCUUUGGCCGGGCACACCCAGCCUCGGUGGCGCUCAGGGCCCGGCUCGGGGACGCGUGGUCUCGUAGAGAGGACUGGGACAAAGCUACUGCAGCUUUCCAGGAGGCAUAUUCGGUGGCCCAGGUUGCCAGCGACCAAAAGACCACCGGACGGCUGGCUUUUGAGCUUGCGCAGGUCCUUUACUGGAAGGGCGACCUCUCUGGAGCAAAAAGCUAUGCAGAGGACUCUGUGAAGUUGCUGGUGCCCAUUGACAUGGGCAGCAGCCGUGGUGGCAGCGAGGGCCCUCAACUCAGCUCCACAUCUUUCGAAGCCUUGAUGCUCCUGUCCCAGGUCUAUGAAAACCUUUGCCGUCGCGUUCUGGAGCUGCACGACAAGGAGCAGGCAGAAAUCCACCCGCCCGUGCUCCAGGGGCUGAUCCUGAAGGCGGUGAAAUGCUUCGAAACGGUGCUGAAGAACCUGCCCCUGCCACAGCAGACGCCACGCCGCCCUGGCGUGCUGUCCCGAGCAGCUGAGAUUGCCGAGUCCAUUCUGGGGCUGAAGGUUAUGGGCAUGGGUGACGGCGAGUACACGGUUCUGGUGGAUGCUGUGGAGGAGCUGUUGCUGCAUGCGUCCGCCUCCACGGAAACGGCUCCUGCUUUGCAGCGUGCGAUCGCACAGACGCGCGGUGUCCGCCAGCUGCAACCCCGUGCAGAGACGAGGGCCGUCGCCGAGGCCGCACUGCGGCCCGUUUCCAGCGACAGCUCGCGUGAGCGGCCGGCGAGGUUGGCAGCACUCUUCGAAUCGAUUGCCCGUGAGGCUUUGAUGAGCGACGUCCCGCCAUCCAUUUGGUUCGACCAGACCGUCCGCCUCGUGGCCGAAGGCUUCUCUGGUUCACCGGAGCCUGGCAACGUGACCUAUCAGGCAACGAUUCAACUGUUGGAGCUCUGUCGCUACUUUGGUGAUGCUGCACGCGUCAUCAUGUGCGCCUCCACGGCCAGCACGUGA